GUCACAUCCGCCACGUCAGUGUUGAUAAACGGACAUCUGUGGCUUCAUUUAUAGGGUGAGCGCUUGCCAUGUGGAAGCCCACUAAGCCCUGGAACACUGUCAUCGAUUGCUUUGAACAGACAUGGACAACCAGCAGAGCUUCUAAUGAGCCAUUGGUUCAUUUAGUUAUCCGCAGUCGAAUGAUUCGUCUGUUGGCUAAAGGAAUAGCACAGUCAGAGCAAAACAUGGACGCUGAAGCCAGUCGAGUAAGAAGAAGGAUGUUGCAGCCUUACAGUCAAAUGUCUUCACUCGAUAAGGACUUCGAUGAUGCCGCUGAAAAAGUUAGGAAUUUAAAGAAGCGCCCGUCAGUCAAUGAAUUGUUGGAUUUGUAUGCGUUGUUUAAGCAAGCUACUGUAGGUGAUAACACAACAGAUGCUCCGUCGGCGAUCAAUUUUCAAGCGAAGUCGAAGUGGGAUGCUUGGUCUUCUAAGAAAGGUAUGAGCAAGGAGGAUUCCAAAAAAGAAUACCUCGAGGUCGCACACAAGCUUAUUGAGAAAUAUGGGUUGGCCUGAGUGCUUUAAUCCAAGUACUACUCACUAAGCCUUUCGUUUUGUGCCUUACUUUUUUUAUCAUUUUCCACCCGUUUUUACCACAAUAGAAAGUUCCGAC